UUUUGAUUCUUUAACCCAUGCCCAGCAACGAAAAAGAGCAAGAUCUUUUUGGAUUUAAUAACGACAGUGAAGAAGAAAACGAUCUUUCUUUGGAUGAAGAACAAGAUUCUAGAUUUUCAAAAACUAAACUUCAAAAGGGAUCCUUGAAUGAUGAAAGCGAUGCCUCUAGCGAUGAAGAAAGUGAGGCUGAGGAUCAACAAGAAGAAUCAGACAAUGAUCAACAAGAGUCAGACAAUGAUCAAGAAGAAUCAGAUAAUGAUCAACAACAAGAAGAAUCUAAUGACGAGGCUGAAAGUGAUGAUCAACAAGAUCAACUAUCAGAUAUGGAAGGAUACGAUGCACCCGAUAAUUUAUCCGAUUUUGGUGUGAUAUCAACAGGAAAGAAUAAAAAGAAGAAAAAGAUCAAGGCACUUACGCCUGAAGAACUGGAGAAAUUUGAAAAGGCUCGAAAGAAGACGGGUGUUUGUUAUUUGUCUCGUAUACCAUUAUUUAUGCCUCCUAGUCGUGUCAGAGAGCUCUUGAAGAAGUAUGCUGACAUUGGCCGCAUUUACUUGGUGCCUGAAGAUCCAAAGAUUACUACCAAGCGUAAAAAGUAUACCAAAAAUAAUAGACGAAACUAUAUUGAAGGAUGGGUAGAAUUUAAGGAUAAAAGAGACGCAAAGGCAGUAGCAGAGCAUUUGAAUAUGAAACAAAUUGGAGGCAAAAGAAAGAGUCGUUAUUAUGCAGAAAUGUGGAAUAUCAAAUACUUGCCCAAGUUUAAAUGGCAUCAUUUGACAGAACAAAUGGCAUAUGAGAAACAGGCACGUCAACAAAGAUUAAGAAAUGAAAUUGCACAGACAAGUCGUGAAAACAAGACAUACAUUCAGAAUGUGGCUAAAGCCAAGAUGCUCGAGAGUAUCAAGGAAAGAAAGAGAAAGAAGGAUGAUAAUACAGAAGGAAACGAAGCCAAGGUUAGACGAAUAUUCGAACAAAGAGAAAAGGUUGAAAGAGAAGUUCAACCUGUGGAUGACAGCGUUAAGGGUCUCUUGGGUACUAUUUUCUCAAAGAAAUAAAAUCUUUAUUGUUAAUACAC